GAAAGCAGUCCUAGUCUUUAAAACCGGGGGAAGUUGGUUUUUCAGCAGUGGCUGAAAUAAGGCAGAAAGAGGUGGUGGUGGUGGAAGAUUGCAGCGCUAGCUCCAGAAGUACAGUUGCCUUUACGUGUUGCAAUAAGCUGAUUUUCCGUUUGCACUCCGCUGAUUGCUUCGUGUUUCACUCCGCGUGUAACCCGACAGCGUUGAGGAGAAAGAAUGGCCGCUAUUCGGAAAAAGCUGGUCGUAGUCGGAGACGGAGCUUGUGGGAAGACCUGCUUGCUGAUCGUUUUCAGCAAAGACGAGUUCCCCGAGGUGUACGUGCCAACGGUGUUUGAGAACUACGUGGCCGACAUUGAGGUGGACAGCAAGCAAGUGGAGCUGGCUCUGUGGGACACUGCCGGGCAGGAGGACUACGACCGCCUCCGCCCUCUCUCCUACCCCGACACCGAUGUCAUCCUGAUGUGCUUCUCCGUGGACAGCCCGGACUCCCUGGAAAACAUCCCCGAAAAAUGGGUGCCGGAAGUGAAGCACUUCUGCCCCAACGUGCCCAUCAUCCUGGUGGCCAACAAGAAGGACCUGCGGAACGACGAGAACGUCCGGAACGAGCUGUCCAGGAUGAAGCAGGAACCGGUGAAAACGGAGGACGGCAGAGCCAUGGCGGUGCGCAUCGGGGCUUACGACUACCUGGAGUGCUCUGCCAAAACCAAGGAAGGGGUGCGGGAGGUGUUCGAGACCGCCACCCGGGCCGCACUGCAGAAGAGAUCCAGACCAUCCGGGGGCUGUUUGAAUUGCUGCAAGCUUUUGUGAACUGUGAAGGACAGUCGCUGCGUGACACGAACUGAAGGAAAAAAAAAAUCCCUUAUUUUUUAAGCGGUAAAGGUUACGGGACAGGCACUCUCCAGUUAGUCUGGUGCCGAGAUUUAACAAAAGAGGGGAAAUAAACCUCAAGAUGGGACUGAAUGAGACUUGCCUUCUCUGCACUCGCGUGACCGAGGACUCCAGGGUGUCAUGCGGAGCUUGACCCCUCGGCAGAACUUGCAUUAAAGACCAGACUAUUGACGUUUACUGUGAUGGUCAGUUUUUGACGGUGGGUUUUGGGGGCGCUGUGCUAAGGCCAAAGCAACGUAGGUCUUGAAAUCGGGGUGAAAUGAUCGGGUUUCUUAAGUGGCGGUGUCUAAUCUGUGGGGAAUUCUGUUAAUUUUGUAAAUCCGACCACCGUCAGUUGCAUUAAGAUUGAGACUGAGGGGGCGAGGAUCCCCCCCCGGGAAGCAAAUUGCAUUCUGAAACCACUUUAUAAAGAAAUUGACAUCUUAAUAAUCCCUAGUUAAAAAGGUGGAAAUUAGGCUUUUUGAGGUGAUUUUUUUUUUUUCCACCCACGAAGUGAUUGCAUUGUACCGUAAGCGAGAGGAGAUGCCUGUCUG